UUCCUUCUCGGUUCGGUCGUGGCCAUUUGAGACCCCUCUAGAUCCCCAGAUCCUUUUAAGAUUCCUUAGGUCCCCUUCCUAAUCCUACAAUAUCUAUAUCCCACUUCAGAUCCCGUCUCAACUUCAACUUCACGCUCGCCUUACUACACACCUCUCCAACAGGACCCUGCAUAAAUACAAAUACCAGCCCUGCCGUUUACUGUUGCAUAGUCCCUCCAGAAACACUAUAAACUUACAAUAACAACAUCGCUACUAUCAUGCAUUUACUCGAUCUUCCUCUCGAGUUGCUCGACCACAUCUUCUCCUAUGCCGUCGAGGAUAGGAUAUUCAAGCGUGUCAUGAGGCUUCGCCUCGUAAGCCGCCACUUCAGAUGUUUGACUGAUGAAGCCGUAUAUAGCUCGCGGAUGUUGGAUGAUGUGGCCUUUGAUUCCGAAGCUAGUAUGAACUGUGCGGAACAGCACGACUCACCAUGGACGCUGUACCUCCGCACAUACUUGGGCCGGCGGAUAUACCAGGAACGCAAUGCCAAAACAAUGCGAGGACAGUACAGACAGGUGGCUGAAUAUUUAUGGGUGACGGGCAGCAAGAUUUUCCCCGGUCUGACCUUAGAAGACUGCAUCUACGACCUAUCAGCCGUCACGUUCUUCAUCAAUUCUUCAUUGGAGACAUCAGCCCUAUUAAAGUCAACAUCGUCCAAAGACUCAUUCAGCCAGCCUCAACUUGCUACAUUAUUUCUCAAUGCCGUGGUAUACAUGGGUUUAGAGCCGUUCGCCAGGGCCCUCAUAUCUGAAGACCCAAAUGACUACUGGCAAUGUCCCAGCGUUGCCGCAAGCAACAAACCCAGCUUUCGCCGACUUAUCGAGAUGGCCUCUUAUCGUGGACAUUUGGGGUUGGUAGAGCAUCUUGUCCAGGUCGAGAAGAACAUGACGCAUAGGACUUAUUCCCUCAUGAGCGCUAGCACUGCUUCGACUAUUCUACGACAUGCCUCUAUCGGCGGCCACGAGGAUGUCGUCGAGUACGCUCUGAACAACAGCAAUCUUUUCAACGAACAUCUCGCUUCAACCACACGGCGGAACCUAAGCACGGCGCUCAGCUACACUGACUCACCAGACAUUUACACCAGACUAGAAACCAUCAUGAAGCACGGCUCAGACCCCUUUGAGACAUCGACACGCGAUGACGUCUACGCACGACUGGACCUCGCCGCACGCCACGGCAACACGGAAAUGGUCCGCUAUUUACUGAGACAGGAUUUAUGUCUGAACCAACCCGGCGCUCAUAUCAACUCGGUACCCGUGCCCCACAAGCCAGGGUGCGACGAUUCCGUCAAGAGCCGAUCUGACUUCCGCCCUCUCAUCAGCGCCAUCGAGAGCGGCAACGUAGAAACCGUCGAAUUACUAUUAUGGCACGGCGCAGAUCCCAAUUGGUUCCCGUCGACGCGGACGGCGCUCAUGGCGGCCGUGCACAAGGGGGAUCUGGCCAUUGUGCGCACGCUCGUCGAGUACGGUGCAGACAUCAACGUCGGCACGCCGGCCCCCGUCGUCAUCGCCGUGCAACAGGAGAACGAAGAGAUUAUCUCCUACCUCGAUUCUAAGGGCGCUCUCCGCGAGCCCGAGGUCGGCGCCUGGGCCAUGUCUUACGCGAAAGUGUUCGGCCUCGACACCAUGGUCGACUUACUAAAGGAGCGGGGCUUCGACGCCAACGACGCCCUGCACCACACACCCUCUAGCGAAGAGGAUGAACACGGGCGCUAUCUAUUCCGGGGCGAGCACUACGGGUUAGGGGCAUUGGAGUUAUGCUGCAAGCCAUCGUUCUAGUCAUUCUGGUGAAUUUCAGGAGGGGAGUUUACGGGGUCUCUGGAUUUAUCGGUUCUGGUGUUUACUUUCAUUUACAAGCGGCAUAUACCAUUUUUCUAUUUUUACUGUCUAUCUAGCAUUCAUACUACGCUAUGAGGGCGUUUUUU